GUCAUCAUGUGGGCGACUCUCAUGAUGUUAGACCUGGCCUCUGUAGGCCUGACUCUGUUUAUGGGCUUGAUCUUUCUGGUUCUGUUCGAGAUCAUCAGGAUUAAUUCCUACAGAGAUCAAACUCCUCCUGGUCCCAGACCUUUACCUUUUGUGGGAUCAUUACCACAUUUUAUAAAGGAGCCAAGGGAGUUCGUAAAAUCAUUGCCACAGUAUGGAGAAAUGUCCACUGUGUAUCUUGGGAGGAAGCCGAUAAUAAUCCUCAACACAGUCCAGGUCACGAAGGAAGCCCUGGUUCAGGAAGCUUUUUCUGGAAGACCGGCUAUCCCUCUUAUAGAAUGGUUAACUAAUGGAUUUGGUAUAAUAAUGGUCACGUUUGGUCACUCCUGGAGGCAGCAGAGAAGGUUUGCUCUGCACACGCUCAGGAAUUUUGGCCCGGGGAAGAAAUCAGUAGAAGAGCUGGUGAUAGAGGAAAGCCGAUAUCUGAUUUCUGAAAUUCUUAAAGCAGAAGGCAAGCCAAUGAACCCCCUGCAUGCAUUACAGAAUGCAGCUUCCAACAUUAUCUGUUCCAUCGUGUUUGGAGAUCGCUUCGAUUAUGAUGACAAACGCUUCUCAUGCCUUCUGAAAAUCCUGAAUGAUAAUUUAAUGCUAGCAGGGUCACCUGCAGGACAGUUUUUCAACUUGGUGCCCUUCAUCAAGCAUUUCCCUGGGCCACACCAGAAGAUCAAGCAGAAUGCCAAUGAGUUAAUGGUUUUCAUCCGGGAACAAGUUAAAGAACACCAAGAAACUCUGGAUCCAGACAGCCCGCGAGACUUCAUUGAUGCCUACCUGCUGGAGAUCGAGAAACAAAAGUCCAACGAAGGCUCCACGUUUCAUGAGGAGAACCUGUUUAUGUCGACAGUUGAUUUGUUCCAGGCUGGAACAAACACCACAUCGACCACUAUCAGAUGGGGGCUCAUCUUCUUGAUUAAAAACCCAGAUGUACAAGAGCGAUGUCACGAGGAGAUUGUUCGGGUGUUGGGUUACGACCGCUUUCCCAGCAUGGAUGACCGUGACAAACUACCAUACACCUAUGCCACUGUUCACGAGAUUCAGCGCAAUGCCAACCUUGUACCAAUGGGGAUGACUCAUGAAACGAUUCAUCCCACAAAACUACGAGGAUAUGACAUUCCUCAGGGAACUAUGAUCCUAACAAACUUAGCAGCAAUUUUCAGCAAUAAGGAGCACUGGAAGCAUCCCGACUCCUUCAACCCAGAGAAUUUCCUGGAUGAGAACGGACAUUUCAGCAAGCCGGAGUGUUUCAUCCCGUUCUCACUGGGUCCGAGGGUCUGUCUUGGUGAGACGCUGGCGAGGACGGAGCUCUUCCUGUACAUCACGUCUCUCCUACAGCGGAUUCAUUUCUCCUGGCCACCAGAUCCACAGCCUCUGGACAUAGAUGGGAUCUUGGGUUUUUUCCGCCUUCCUCAGACCUUCAACAUCAUCUGCUGCAGCAGAGAUACUAAAGAGUGACCAUCAGUAACCCGAAAUGUAUCAGAUUGACAUCAUACAAGAAGUAUUGCAUAAACAAGAAUGGUCCAUUUUAGUUUCAUGGUGGCAAAAAGUUUUAAACAUUUAAGCACAGUUUUUUACAUUAUUUUAUUAUUGAUGCAUGCAUUUUAUUUUAUAAUAAAAUGUAUCCACAUGUAGUUUUAUCUGAUUUGUAUAGUGAAAUGCUUUUACUACAAAUAAAACAAGAGAAUGAAGCAUUACUUUCAAGUCUAAA